GGCUCCCCAGCUGGCCGCUGCCCUUCACUCCGAGCGUCUCUCUCCAGGCUGAUCUCCCGGCCCCGGUGACGGCCACAGGUCCCGGCCGCUGGCGAAGCGGAGCCGCAGGGCUUGCAGCACCCCUGGGUGUCUCGGGAGCAGUCGCACCGGGUCCAUGGAGAAGGGCCCGCUACCGGCGGAGAAGCCGAGGGGAGCCAGGUGCACCAAUGGGUUCCCCGAGCGGGAGCUGCCGCGGCCCGGGGCCAGCCGGCCUGCCGAGAAGUCCCGGCCGCCCGAGGCCAAGGGGCCACAGCCCGCCGACGCCUGGAAGGCAGGGCGGCCCCGCAGCGAGGAGGAUAACGAGCUGAACCUCCCCAACCUGGCGGCCGCCUACUCGUCCAUCCUGCGCUCGCUGGGCGAGGACCCCCAGCGGCAGGGGCUGCUCAAGACGCCCUGGAGAGCGGCCACCGCCAUGCAGUUCUUCACCAAGGGCUACCAGGAGACCAUCUCAGAUGUCCUGAAUGAUGCGAUAUUUGAUGAGGAUCACGAUGAGAUGGUGAUUGUGAAGGACAUAGACAUGUUCUCCAUGUGUGAACAUCACCUUGUUCCAUUUGUGGGAAGGGUCCACAUUGGUUACCUUCCCAACAAGCAAGUCCUUGGCCUCAGCAAACUUGCCAGGAUUGUAGAAAUCUAUAGUAGAAGACUACAAGUUCAAGAGCGCCUCACCAAACAAAUUGCGGUGGCCAUCACAGAAGCCUUGCAGCCUGCCGGUGUCGGGGUAGUGAUUGAAGCAACACACAUGUGUAUGGUAAUGCGAGGCGUGCAGAAAAUGAACAGCAAGACCGUCACCAGCACCAUGCUGGGGGUGUUCCGGGAAGACCCAAAGACUCGGGAAGAGUUCCUCACGCUCAUCAGGAGCUGAACUUCGGUGUGCACACAGGACCUGGUUUGCAGACCCCACUGCUACCGGCGUUAUCUGUCUCAAUCAUGCAUUCCAGUUUCAAUUGGUACAGAUGUGAAUUUUGUUUCUCACCAUGAAUUGUAUUUAAUAAUUAUUUAUAGACAUGUCCAAUAAAAGUAAUUAACUAAGGGGUGAGCCUUCUGCUUUCUUCUUACCACCUCCUUAGUGGCCAUGUUUAAAGUGAACAGCCGAGAGUAUGGGUUAUCCACAUUGACCACUGACAUUGCUCAGGAUGCUGUCAAGGAGGAGAACUCAUGCAUUGCUUGAAAUCAUAGAUGACUCAUUAGCAGAGGGCACUGGACAUUCAAGUAGCUGUGGCCACUGUGCCAUGUUCUCAGUGGACACAGUAGAAUGCAGAAGGAUGUGCUGGGGACAGUGGCUGUACAGAGAACAUUGCUCUCUGUACUCGAAGACCACAGACUCCACUCUGCUUUGACCAUGUGCGUGAAACCACCAGUGACAUUUUACUCUUGAUAUAGUUAUUAACUGUCUGCCUGUAACAUUAGUCUCUGAGGGAAGGUGGCAGGAUGGCUGUCUUAACUUUGCUAUGAGUUAAAAAGGCACUUUCUAUAUUUUAAAUACGGAGUAGAUGGAAUUCAUUCAUGGAGUCAGCAUCCAUGGAUGGUAGAGGGUUGACUCUGUGCCUUGAGGAGACUAUUGCACCCUUUGGAGUAUAGGUACUUUUUCCAUCUUUUAGGAAAAGCCAUUACUUCAUAAGUUUAUAAGUGCCAACUCUGCACCUAACUAGCCAUUGUCGAUUUCCUGUUAGACGGUCUUGGGAGUUUGUUUUGUCUAUUCCAAGGAGAUGAUGCUUUCAAGGCAUUUUCAAAAACUCUUAUGAAGUAUUUUUCUAAGUGUUUCCAGGAUCUUUUGCAACUGCCUAUCCUGUCGGCUCUGCAGACUCUUAGCUCCUCAGAACUGGAAGGAGCAUGGAAUGGGCUGAGGGAGGCCUGUGUGGGGGCUGUGCCUACGGCACCAGCCAAGUUAAGCCAUGCUGCUGCUGCUGCUGCUGGCGUCUGUGCAGAUGCACUGGGGACUUCAGUCUUGUUUCUUUCUUGUCGGUGUGUGUCUUGUCAUCCGAACAAGUGGGUUCAGAUGGUGAAGCUGUUCAGGAAGCUUAGCUUCUUACCACUUACUUUCAAUAUCCUCCACUGGAGCAGCAUGGGCCAUGUGAAAGCGCAGCAUCCAGCUCCCCGCACACACAUGAGCAUAGGUGUGAGCAGAGGUCUCCCUCUGGCUGACACAGUGCUCUCUCAAUGUGUCCCUACAGCCCUACCCCUGCCGCUUGGACACUCAUCAGCUUGCGAUGAAGCAAGAUGACAGACAGAGCUGGCUUUUUAUUUUAUUCUUGUUACUGUUUUUAGCUCUAUCUUUCCCUGACACUUUCUAUAUUUAGAGUUUCUAAAGUAUAGUCAGAUUGAUUUGGAGUUUCCUUCCAAAUCUAACCUGAUUACAAUGUCAGCCCACUUACUAUUGAGACAUUUCUGGGUAGAAUGCUAAGUAUCCAACUCAUGUUUGGUAUUUUAAAGGAAAACAAAACCUGUGUGAAUUGACUUAGAGGACCAAAGAAAUUGUUUGCCAUAUCUUUCAUCUUUUGGGGAUGAUCAUUUCUGAAUGGCUCUGUUGGCUCAUUCCCUAGAAGUUCUUAACAAAAAGCCUGACAUGUCCACAGGCUAGUCUCCUCAGUACCUGCUAAGUAACAUCCUUGUCUGUUUCACUCUGGUCUGUAGUGCUUCAAAAUUACUUUUCACAUCCAUGACUCUGAGUCCAUCUGGGGGAUUUUUAAGAAGCUGACAUAUUUACAUGUACUGUUCAAUGACAUGGUUUGGAUUUUCUGUAUGUGUAUGUAUGUUCCUGAAGUUGGUUCUAUUUAAAUGAUUAAAGUAUUAUAAUUUGUU